GAACUCUAAUACCACUUUGUUGGAAAUAAAAUAUUAUUUCUCUUAUUAAUCAAAACUAUUAGUGUGGCUUUUGGUGGGCACUUGUUUGGGAAGGGAAGGCUUUCGUAGUUUUAAUUUGGAGAAUGAGACAAGAAACUAGGUAGAAGCUUUUUCUGAUUGGAGAAGGGAAUGGAGGCUCUUUAUUGCUUUGCUUCUUUCUUUCUUUGGCUCUGCAAGGCUAUCUAUAAGCCUUGGAUACAUAAAUAUCUAGAGCACAAUAAAUUAGGCAGUUGGAACCGCCAUUGAGUUUGUGGUGCUGGUUGCUUUAUUUGUCUGAUCACACAACCAGACCAUUCUACACAAAGCCAAACACCGUACCUACUCCUCCUCUCUAGAUAUUCCUUUUAUUUUAACUAUUAAACUUUAUUUUUCAACAAUAUAGUGACACCAAGGUAUUAUGCAUUAGCUGCCCUGCUGAAGAUUUUCAUUGAAAUCUGAGUUGGAUUGGUAGCUUGCUCCGAGGAGAUGAUAGUGAGAACUCUUGAAAUGCAGGUAGAACACACCUGGUUACGGCCGAUUGCUAGUGGUCUUUUGACACCAUUUCAGGGUCUAUGUAUCCUCGGCUCUCAAUUGCUUUUGGGUCUUGGAAUUCUCCUUCAACCGAAUGAUUACAGGUUGGUUUCUAAUCAAUCUAAUUCUUUUAUCUAGCUUCCAAGAGUUUACAGUUUGUUAUCUGAUCUGAUGCCAUCCUUUAGUUUUCUACAACAGGCUGAAAUCAUUAUCUUUGAUAUUUGUUAGUGCUGGGUUUAAGGGUGCACGAGCUGUGCUGUUCUGGGCUUCUUUUUGGCUUUAGUUUUGCUGAACACAGUGUAGAAUCAACUGAAUGAGGGUGUAGUAUAUUUGUGUCCUCUAAUCCUAGGUUUACAAGAAACUUUGUUUUUAACUUUGUUUUUAUGAAUAGUUGAUGUUUUACAGCAAGAUUUUGGGAGCAGCAUCAUUGUUACUGGUUUUCUCGUAUGAAGAGGUUCACCUUUUGGGUAAGCAUCAUGAGGUGGCUUAUUCCAUUGCUCUAGUGUGUACUUGCUCGACCUGACGUUUUUGUGAUGGGUUGCAAUGUUUUGUCAUCUAUGAUGUUCAGCGUCAAGCGUAUAUGGGUUUUAACGUUUAACUGGGGAGCUUUGUUAGGUUCGUCGGCGAUAAGAGGAAGUCUAGAUCCAGCUAUUCUGUUGCCACUUUACGCGAGUGGAGUAUUUUGGACUCUCGUAUAUGAUACUAUAUACGCACAUCAGGCAUGGCUCCACAAACACAGAUCUGCAGUAAAACUCUCUUUGGUAUUUGAACCAAUCAGUUAGCUUUCAAAUUUGAAGGCAGCCUGUUUACUGUGAUCUCUCAUACAGACUCUAUUUCUUUUGUUCCCUUUAUUGAAAAAUGAUAGUGAGUAAACAUGUAGGAUAAGGAAGACGAUCUGAAAGUGGGUGUUAAAUCUACAGCAUUGAGAUUUGGGUAUUCGACAAAGCUAUGGAUCACUGGUUUUGGAAUUGCAUUUCAUGCUGAUCUUGGUAAACUUGGUUCAAUCGUGGAUCAUAUACCACAACACUAACACGCCCUCUCAAACGAAAGUCACUCACAAGAGCUUGAAGUUUGCACAGGUCUGAAGACAAGAAUACCAUGUGCUUAAUAAAUGAGGGUCACUGGGAAUCGAACACAAGACCUCUCGAAGGCUCUGUUACCAUGUCAUGAACCAGUUGGUCCCAAUAACUCGAGUUGUUGGGAGAGGUUCAAUCGUGGAUCAUAUACCACAACACUAAUAGUUCGGGCUCGGCUCGUUAAUAUAUUUUCAGAUUCGAGCUCGGCUCGUUUAUGAAAAUGAAAGCUCGAGCUCGGCUCGUCAAAUAAGCUUAACGAGCCAAAAAUCGAGUUCAGCUCAUAAAAUGUCCGUGAUAGCUCAAGAUUGACCUAGAACUAUGCACAAAAUUACAUUCAAACCUAUAGCAAGGUCUAGCAAAGUAAAACACAAUAUUUAUCCCAAUUUUAAUACAUAAAAUCCAUGAAUUAUAAUCCUUUUCUUAUGCCAAACCAUUAAAUGAGCUUGUUCGCGAGGUUUUGAGCUGAACAUGGUAUAGCUCGAGUUCGGCUCGUUUAGUUAACGAGCUUGUUCGCGAGCCGGCUCGAUUAAAACGAAUCGAGUGUCGAACGAGUUUUUCUCGAGUCGCACACUGAGCCGUUCAUGAGCGGUGUUGAUGUGACUCGAAUCGGACUAUCAGCCGCUACGACUGGUAGUCGGGGGUCUCGUUGUUAUUUGGGUUCGGGUUCUGGGCCUGGUCUGUAACCGUUUCAUUUGCCAAAUUGGAUUAAGUUUAGACCCACAUGAAGAAGUAUUAUAAAUACUUCUCAUACUCCUUUGUAACCUGUAAUCUCCUCGAUAUAGUGAAACUGGCUCUCUCGCCCGUGGACUAGCUAACACACAUCGUGUUAUUGAAUCACGUAAAUCGUGUGUCUGUGUUUUUUCGAUUCGCGCUUUCGUAUUUUUGCUUUAUCGAUUCCGGCGAUUUCCCGAUCCAGCAGCGCGUUUAUAACAAGCGGCUUGGUUCAUUAACAACUAGUUACUUACAGUUACAGCAAUGAAACAAUUUUAGCUUAUUCUUCAAACUGACGGCCUGCUCCCAGGUUGGCCAUAUUAUACGAGUUUAGUAGUAGCAUCCGGAGAAUUAGCUUGGCAGAUUCAGACAGUCGACCUAUCCAGUCGAGCUGAUUGUAACAGGAAGUAUUGUACCAUUAGGAAGAACAUCAAUUGGCUUUCCUUUUUGACUCUGAUUAAGAUGUGUAGCUGUAGACCUGAGUACAACCAUGACUCACCUGCUUCUUGAUUUGCAGAUUAAUUUGUGUCGAACAAAUGGUUUGGCGCUAUCAUCUUCAGCGGGGUUUUAUUCGGCAGACUCCUGCAGUAGUGAUAAGUAACACAGCCUGAUACAUGUAUAACUCGGGAGCAUUAAUUCUUUCUGGCACAUCAUCACCGUGCAUGUGUUGUUGAUUAACAGCCCCCUAGUGUGUUGAAGGUCGACCUGAAACAUGGAAAUGGUGGAGGUUUGCGUUGUUGCUAAUGCUGAGUUCUUGGAGGGAAGGGCUCUUGGGCUCAUCCAUCAUAAUGGUGAAAUUGGGGGCAGAUCGAUACGCCGCUAGUCUGGGUCGCUAUUGGGACUUGGUGGCAGUGGAGGAAUCAGAAGAACAGAUUGGAAGGCGAGUGGUGGAGGAGGAUGACGUGGCAGCAGUGGACGAGAUGCCGGGGGCUUUGAUGGCUAGAGUGUUUUCCCGAACGACUCGGCCGAUUUGGAUGGUGGAUCCUGGGAGGUAAUCGAAUGUUUCGCCCUUGCGAGGAGGACCCUCCAAAACUACCAGAGUCAGCGACGACGCUUAUUGGCAGCAGACUGUUAGGAACGGAACAACAAAAGGAACGAGGUUACCGAAUCUGGAGCUGAGUCGCGGACUAGGUCGCUCUCUUUAAGACGUUCGCGGCACUGCCUUCGAUGCGCACGGCAGACUAUCAACCGGUCGUCUCCAGGAUAAAACAGCUCCUCUCAAUACUCGCGGUUUUGUGCGAAAACCGAAGCUCUCUAAACACUCUCUCUAUUUGUGUUUCUGCUCGUUGUGAUGUGUUUAGAGGGGCAGGGGAGGCGGCUAUUUAUAGGAGCCGAACCCCUAGGAAUAUACCCUCUUGCUUGGGGAAUAAGUCGGAUUAAUUAAG